GAACCCCCCCCCCCCCAAAAAAAACCAAUCAAUUGCCUACCUCCGCCUCAGACUGCUGCCAGCAACCGACCAGCCAUGCCGCCGCCCGUGCCCUCGAAGCCAGAAGGCUGGGUCAGGGUCCGCACGACGUUGCCGGUGCUCCCCCCGAACUCGUCCAGGCCACAUGUGACGACGCCGCGGCUUGUCCUGCGGCCCUUCGACCCGUCUGACCUCGACGCCCUGUACACACUGCGCCAGCAGCCCGAGGUGAUGCAGUGGACGACGGUCGGGCGAGUUGAUGUCGACCGGGAGGAAACAGCAGCCAAACUCGGGCUCUUCCUGCCGCCAAAUGACACAAAGACCUUCAACUGCGCAAUCUGCCUGAGGGAGACGGGCGAGCUCAUCGGCCAGGGGGGCGUGCACGCCUUUGAGCAGCCGGCCGGCGAUGCCACGGCUGGUCCGCAGCUUGGGUGGCCGGAAGUGGGCUACAUGAUCCGAAAGGAAUGGUGGGGCAGAGGCAUAGCUACAGAAUUCCUGAGGGCAUUCUUGGGCAUGUACUCUGGGCUGCCCAGGAAGGGACGGGUCGACAGGGAGGUAACAGCCAGCUCGGCGGAGGGCGCUGGCGGGCCCGGGCCCGGGCCGGAGUUGGGGGCGGGGGCGGGGGCGGAGGCGGAGGCGGAGGCGGAGGUGCGGGAAGCCCUGGUGGCGGUGAUCGACGCGUCGAACGCAGCGAGUCAGAAGAUACUGGAGAGGUGUGGGUUCGAGAGCUUCCUGUCCUUUAGCGAUGUCGACAUGCGUGCCCAGGACAAGACGAUCGACCUGGUCGCCUACCGAUACUUUCCCAAUAGAUAGAUACCAGAUA